AUGAAUAAUGCUCUCUCCAGCGAAACCCUAUCCGAUGAAUUUUUUAACAAAUCGCCGCAAUAUCUUUCGGGUCUAAGUCGCCUGUUUCUUCCCCUUGGCGUCGCAAGAGACCGGAGAACAUGGCCGGCGAUCCAUACUAUAGAUACGUUCCGGUGGAAAGAGAUUUUUCGAAUAUUUUGCCACAAAAAUGGUACAAGUGCUAUUGAUCACCCACAAAAAGAUUCCUCACUUCAAACCCCUGGAUCUUCUGUUCCUGGUUAUUUACCUCCCGAGGGUCCUGCUUUAGCAUCUCACCACUCAUGGAAUCAUGAUUUUUCUCGAGCAACUUCUUCCGAGUUUCUUCGAAAUGAUCUACUGCAAUCUAGACCUGGAGGUUAUGCUGUAGAUGGUCGUGCAGGAGUUGGCAGUGAAAGUGUGCCAGGACACAUUGGAUUGCCUAUUGCAAGGGGAUAUAGUCCUUUGGAGGAUCCAGCUUUACUUAGAAGGGAUGCUGCGUUAGGAAUCAAGCCUAGCCUCACAGAUAUUGAGCGGCCUGAAGCAUUUAGAAAAUCUGAGGGGCUAUUGUUGGAUGAAUCCAAUGUCCUAUCUGUUGAUGGUUUGCCAAGAGAUUGCACAAGAAGAGAAGUAGCUCAUCUGUUCCGACCUUUUGUUGGUUUCAAGGAAAUUAGAGUUAUUCACAAGGAGCCUAGACAUGUUGGAGAUAAGGGUCAUGUGCUCUGCUUUGUUGAAUUUGAUGAUGCCAAAUGCGCUCACACUGCACUUCAAGCUCUUCGAGGCUAUAAAUUUGAUGACAAGAAAGCGGAUACACCGGUACUGAAGAUACAAUUCGCUAAAUUUCCUCUUCCUCGUGGUGAUUAGAAACAUGGAAUUGCACUGUGUAGGAUUUCAUAGAUCCAAUGGUAUGUUUUAACUAGCAUUAUGGCACUGAGUCUAUGGAGGUCAUUCAUCAGGCAUGAUAGAAAAUGUCUUAUUUUAUCAGCUUUGUAUCUCUGUUGAAGAAGUUAAAUAUUUCCUAAUUGGGGAUAUGGCAUUGAUAUGUCUGCUUGGUGUCUAUUAAUUGGUAGUUUGGAAGUGCAAGCCUUCAGGAUUAUGAGUGUUUUGGUGCAUUUAUGGUAAUGAACUGGUAUGAGGUGAAGAGUGCUGGAUAUUUGGAUUGAUUGGGAUUUUGUUUCUGUUUUGAUUCUAUUAUGUUUUAUUGGCUAAAGCAAAGUCUUGGUACCGGAUA